CGGCGCCCGGUGCGCGUGCGCAGCGAACAGCUGUCACCUAGUGCGGAACAAGUCUUCCAAAGAUCCCAAAAGCCUCCGGGGAGGCCGCGCUUUCCUCUCCUCAUCCGGGUGGUGUCCGGGCCUCCGCCCGCGGCGCAGAGACGUCUGAAACCAUCAUGGAGGUGGUAGAGGUGGAGAGUCCCCUGAAUCCCAGCUGCAAGAUAAUGACCUUCAGACCUUCCAUGGAGGAGUUCCGGGAGUUCAACAAAUAUCUCGCAUACAUGGAGUCUAAAGGAGCCCACCGAGCAGGUCUUGCAAAGGUGAUUCCUCCUAAGGAGUGGAAGCCAAGACAGUGCUAUGAUGAUAUUGAUAAUUUGCUUAUCCCAGCACCAAUUCAGCAGAUGGUCACAGGGCAGUCGGGACUGUUUACUCAAUACAACAUCCAGAAAAAAGCCAUGACUGUGAAGGAGUUCAGGCAGCUGGCUAACAGUAGCAAAUACUGUACUCCAAGAUACUUGGAUUAUGAAGAUUUGGAACGCAAAUACUGGAAAAACUUAACUUUUGUGGCACCUAUUUAUGGAGCAGAUAUUAAUGGGAGCAUAUAUGAUGAGGGUGUGGAUGAAUGGAAUAUAGCUCGCCUAAAUACAGUCUUGGAUGUGGUUGAAGAAGAGUGCGGUAUUUCUAUUGAGGGUGUAAAUACCCCUUAUCUCUAUUUUGGAAUGUGGAAAACGACAUUUGCAUGGCACACUGAAGACAUGGAUCUCUACAGUAUUAAUUAUCUCCACUUUGGGGAGCCUAAGUCUUGGUAUGCUAUACCUCCGGAGCAUGGAAAGCGACUUGAAAGAUUAGCCCAAGGCUUUUUCCCUAGCAGCUCCCAAGGCUGUGAUGCAUUUCUCCGCCACAAGAUGACACUGAUUUCCCCCUCAGUGCUGAAGAAGUAUGGCAUUCCCUUUGACAAGAUCACACAGGAGGCUGGAGAGUUUAUGAUCACUUUUCCUUAUGGAUAUCAUGCUGGUUUUAAUCAUGGUUUCAAUUGUGCUGAGUCUACAAAUUUUGCUACUGUCAGAUGGAUUGACUAUGGCAAAGUUGCUAAAUUGUGCACUUGCCGGAAUGACAUGGUGAAGAUAUCAAUGGAUAUAUUUGUGAAAAAGUUUCAGCCAGACAGAUACCAAAUUUGGAAACAAGGAAAAGAUAUAUAUACUAUUGAUCAUACAAAGCCCACUCCAGAGUCUACCCCUGAAGUAAAAAUAUGGCUACAGAGGAGGAGAAAAUUAAGAAAAGCCCCCAGGAGCCUCCAGGGCAAUAAGUCACUUUCUAAAAGGCCUAAAACUGAGGAGGAUGAAGAAUCUGUUGAAUGUAAUGGGGAGGAGAUCUCAAACUCUGCCAUAUGCCCGGGGCACCUCAAGGUCACUGAAAAGCCAGAAAAAACAUCCAAGCUGGGGAACACAGAAGCACCUUCAGAAAGUGAAGCUUCUGAUGCCAAGAAACAAGCAGAUCAACACUUAGUGAAUGACACCAAACUCUCAGGAAAAAGCUGUAUAAGUUCACCAGUAACAGAUGAAAUGCGACAUGAAGAUAACACAGCCGGUGCUGUAACUUCACCAUCUAUGUCCAAGGAGGCCUGUGACUUCAUGCCACUUUCUAGUGGCCAGGUAACAGGCAAGGAGUCACAUCUCCUUAAGAUUCUACAGCCGGAAUCUCCCAAGGUGUCUUCCUCCCUGGCAGAAAGUAAUACAGUAUUGACAGAGGAAGAAGACAAUGAUGAAGAGGGCCAUGGAAGUAACCUUGAACCUGGGAAAAUCCCAGAAGCUCUUAGUGAAGAGCAAAAUGGGCUCAAAGUUCCUAAGAUAAUAGAAGGACAGCCCAAAACUACUAAGAGUUGGCGCCACCCACUUGGUAAGCCUCCAGCCAGAUCGCCUAUGACUCUUGUGAAACAGCAGGUAGCAAGUGAUGAAGAGUCACCUGAGAGUCUAACCAUUGACGAAGAAGUGGAAGAAACAGAGUCCUGGGCAAAGCCUCUCAUCCACCUUUGGCAGACAAAGUCUCCUAACUUUAUGGCUGAACAGGAGUAUAAUGCAGCUGUGGCAAAAAUGGAACCACAUUGUGCAAUUUGCACUCUGCUCAUGCCUUACUACAAGCCUGAGAUCAGCAAAGAAGAAAAUUAUUCUAGAUGGGAGACAACAGUAAAUGAAGUAGUUAAAUCUGGAAGAAAGACUAAACCCAUUAUUCCAGAGAUGUGUUUUAUUUAUAGUGAAGAAAAUAUAGAAUAUUCCCCCCCAAAUGCCUUCCUUGAAGAGGAUGGGACAAGUCUUCUGAUUUCCUGUGCCAAGUGCUUCGUGCGGGUUCAUGCAAGUUGUUAUGGUGUCCCUUCUCACGAUGUUUGUGAUGGAUGGCUGUGUGCCCGGUGCAAAAGAAAUGCAUGGACUGCAGAAUGUUGUCUCUGCAAUUUGAGAGGAGGUGCUCUUAAGCAGACUAAAAACAAUAAGUGGGCCCAUGUCAUAUGUGCUGUUGCAGUCCCAGAAGUUCGAUUCACUAAUGUCCCAGAAAGGACACAAAUAGAUGUAGGCAGAAUACCUUUACAGAGGUUAAAAUUGAAAUGCAUCUUCUGCAGACACCGGGUUAAGAAGGUUUCUGGAGCCUGCAUCCAGUGUUCCUAUGGUCGAUGCCCAGCUUCAUUCCAUGUCACAUGUGCCCAUGCGGCUGGGGUACUCAUGGAGCCUGAUGACUGGCCUUAUGUGGUAAACAUCACAUGCUUCAGACAUAGAGUCAACUCAAAUGUGAAGUCCAAAACCUGUGAGAAAGCCAUCUCUGUGGGUCAGACAGUCAUCACAAAGCAUCGGAACACUAGGUACUACAGCUGUAGAGUGAUAGAUGUGACAUCUCAAACCUUCUACGAGGUCAUGUUUGAUGAUGGCUCCUUCAGCAGAGACACAUUUCCUGAGGAUAUUGUGAGCAGAAACUGUGUGAAGCUGGGCCCUCCUGCUGAAGGAGAAGUCAUCCAAGUUAAGUGGCCUGAUGGUAAACUCUAUGGGGCGAAGUAUCUUGGAUCAAAUGUUGCCUACAUGUAUCAGGUUGAAUUUGAAGAUGGAUCCCAGAUAGCAAUGAAGAGAGAAGACAUAUACACUUUAGAUGAAGAGUUACCCAAGAGGGUAAAGGCUCGCUUUUCCACAGCUUCUGACAUGCGAUUUGAAGACACAUUUUAUGGGACAGAUGUAAUCCAAGGAGAGAGAAAGAGGCAAAGAGUACUGAGCUCCAGGCUUAAGAACGAGUAUGUGGAUGAUCCUGUGUACCGCACUUUCCUGAAGAGUUCUUUCCAGAAGAAGUGUCAGAAGAGACAAUAGUUGAUAACCUGCUGCAGCCAUAGAGCAGCUCAGACCCGAAGAGGGAAGACAAAGGGACAGUCUUGGGGUAUGCACUGGGACAGGUGACUGGGUGCUUCUCUGGCAUUGGUAAUAGAUAAGGCUUCCACAGUUUGCCUACCAAACAACCAGGGAAGACGUUGAUUCUGCAAUCUAAUCACUCCCUCAGUCAUUUAUUUGACCCCAAAGAAUAUUCCGAAGUGAUAGGAAAUAACAGUGAAUGGCCCACUAGAUAGAACUCGUGCCAGAGGAGAGGGGGUUACCUCUCUGUGGCUCGGGUCCCUCCUCAGGGAACAUAUAUGGAAGCUCCUCUCGCCCAGCUCCUUUUAGUGAAAGCCUCAUCACCCAAGAGGGAGGGUGAUAAUUUAUGUAUUUUCCACAGUCAGGGAAAGACUCUCACUCACAUUUGUUUUAAGUGGCAGUUUUUAUAAAACAUUUUUAAAACACAAAUGGCAUGAAUGGUAAUGGGAUUUACCUAUGUGCUAUCUGUAUUCCCUUGUACAGAACUUUUCCAUUUUUUUUAUAUUAUUACUUUUGAUUGUGUCUGAAAACUGAGUUGGCCUUUGUAAAGAGGAAAAUUUUUGCUCUUGAAGAGGAAUUCAUAUGAAGUCUAUGGGAAUUUUAUAUAUUUACAGAGGAAAAAUCUGGGUAUGAUAUUUUGAACAAUUCACAAUUCCUGUUCUGAAUAGAUAUUUAUAAAAUAUAUAUUUCUUUCAUUAUGUGUUUGUAAAAAUUAGAAUUUAAAUAAAUAUACUUAAUGCAUAGUUUUGAACUAAUGUAAUAUGAUUUUUCUUUGCAAAACAACCUGGAAAUGUACUAGUAUUUAAAAAUUAAAAACUGUUUUCUCCUG